ACACUCAAUUUACUGUUGAACUGUUACAAGUGUAAUUCUGGUAUGGCUCAUCACAUUCAAGAGUUUCUUAAAAGAUGAGUCAAACUUAUUGAAAAAAAGAAACAAAUUUUUGCAAAUUUUUACAAUUUUUUGUUUACAGUAGACAAUUUUUUAAUAUGAGAAGUAUAAUGAAAAUUUAUUUAUUGUUAUCACUAGUCAAUUUUACUGUUGAAUAUGAUGUGUGUUUACAAAAUCAAACAGAUUUACAGGAAUUUAAAUCAACAUCGCAAAAUAUUCAUAGAAUAAAGAGAAGAUCGUUAAAUUUUCCAACAGGAAGUGCAUUCGUAAUGACAAUGUCGGUAGUAAAAACUCUUCCAAUAAAAGGGUUCACCUGGAAUCAAGUUCAUGAAUUUGAUGUUAUUUGGCCAAUACCAAAUAGGUCUGAUAAACCAGAACCUAAACCUAAACCAAAACCAAAAUAUCCAAAAAGGAAAAAAUAUUAUCAACGACCCUAUUGGAGGAAUCGUAUUCAUCGAAGGGAAUUGUACUCUAAUUUUGAAGUGGCUCUCGAAAGAUUUAAUUUACCGGGAAGAACUUGCAUUUUAAGAACAAUUUGUGAAGCUAAAACAUUUCUUCAUCCACCUGGCGUUUCUUUAAUUGAAGACAUGUUUCGAGUAAUUUUAAGUAAUCCAAUAAUGACCACGAACAAUAUAGAUGAAUAUGAUUUGGCUCAUCAGACAAAAGAAGAUUGUCAUCUUCUCUACCCUUGUCCUUUUUCA